GGUUACUCCGAGUCUCUCAUUUACCGCUCACUCUCAUCAUCCACCUCUCUAUCUUCAACUUUCACGACAAAAAUGACACGCCAGCGUUCGAUGUCCGGCACUAUUCCUUCCAUGGAGACCUCCCACGAAGAGCUCAAGGACAACACCGUUAUCGUCGUCCUUGGUGCCUCUGGUGACCUUGCCAAGAAGAAGACUUUCCCAGCCUUGUUCGGGCUUUACGCUCAAAACUAUCUUCCUCGCGAUGUAAAAAUCAUUGGCUACGCCAGAACUAAAAUGGACUUGCCCGAGUUCCAUAAACGCGCUACCUCCUAUAUCAAAAACCCUGACGACAGCCCCGAGAUUGCUGCCAAAAUCCAAGAGUUCAAAGACAUAUUAACUUAUCUUGCUGGCAGCUACGAGGACGGUGGCGCUUUUGUCGAGCUGAAUAAGUGCCUUGAGGACAUCGAGGCCGGAUACCAGUCCAAAGAAUGUAACAGAAUUUUCUACCUCGCUCUUCCACCGAGUGUGUUCAUCCCCGUCGCCAAGAACCUCAAAGAACACUGCUAUGUUACUAAAGGUGGUGUGAACAGAAUCGUCGUGGAAAAGCCCUUUGGGAAGGAUCUCGAAUCUGCACGAGAACUGUUAGGUUCGCUCAAGCGAUACUGGACAGAGGACGAGACCUUCCGCAUUGACCAUUACUUGGGAAAAGAAAUGGUCAAGAACAUUCUCGUCUUGCGGUUCGCCAACGUUGCCAUGAAUGCAACAUGGGACAAGAAUUCCAUCAGUAACGUCCAGAUAACAUUCAAGGAGCCGUUUGGCACCGAAGGAAGGGGUGGGUACUUUGAUGAGUUUGGAAUGAUCCGGGACGUUUUGCAGAAUCAUUUGUUGCAGGUCCUCAGUAUCAUUGCAAUGGAGAGGCCAGUGUCGUUUGCUGCCGAGGACAUUCGGGACGAAAAGGUUAAAGUCCUUCGUGCCAUACCACCCAUCGAACGUGAUGACACACUAUUGGGUCAGUACGUCGCAGCCAAUGGAAAACCAGGGUACCUUGAUGACGACACCGUCCCCAACAACUCUGUUUGCCCUACUUUUGCCGCCACUACUCUGUGGAUCCAUAACCCCCGGUGGGAAGGUGUACCAUUCAUCCUCAAGGCUGGUAAAGCCUUGAACGAAGCAAAAGUCGAAGUCAGGAUUCAGUUCAAGGAUGUCACCCAGGGCAUCUUUAAAGAUAUUGCCCGCAACGAGCUAGUCAUACGGAUCCAACCAUCCGAGGCGAUUUAUCUGAAACUGAACGCAAAGACCCCUGGUCUUUACACCCGUGCGAUGCCGACCGAGAUGGACCUUACGUACAAGAGGCGAUUCACCGAUACGAAGAUUCCAGAGGCGUACGAGGCCUUAAUAUUGGAUGCACUGAAGGGUGACCACAGUAACUUUGUGAGGCACGAUGAGUUGGACGUUGCAUGGAAGAUUUUCACUCCGAUCCUCCAUUGGAUUGACGGUAAAGACGGGCCCAGGCCCAAACCCGUAAACUACCCAUAUGGAUCUCGCGGACCGAAGGAGCUGACGGCGUUUGUGACGAAAUAUGGUUUUAAACGUAACACGGAAGGAUAUGUGUGGCCUGUCUCAAGCCUUGCGGCAUUGUAGACUCUAAAAUGUCACAUUGAAGCCAAGCUGAAGCAUACGUAGCAAAUUAACUGUACAAUAACGGUAGAAUGCGUUUCAUAAGUGUAUUAUUCUGAACUGGAAUCGAUAUUUUAAACCUGCCUUUUUAUUA